AGUGAUACACAUUCCACGCUCAACACCAGCUCCCUCCGCUGCUCUCUCACGGUUGCUAUUUCCAUUUGCUGGAGGGCAGGCGAGAGAGGCAGCGCAGAGAGAUCUCUGUUCUGUCUACGAGUUUUCCAGCUAAUGGCCUCUAUUAUUUCUUUGAUUGAGCUCUUUUGGCCUUACAUUCACCAGCUCCUUUUCUCACCGGUGUGGCUAAGGAGGGGACAGGCUCCUGGUUUGUGAACCAGAAAGAGGAGAAACCAGCCCUUUUGGGAUUUUUUGGGGGCAGAAACAUUUGGUGGCCCUUUAACAUGUCGCUCUGAGGCGUGCUACUGUGGGACCAGUCUGGAAUCAAGAGGAGGAGGAGGAACAGCUACCCAGCAGCUCUGAUUUCAGACCUCUGCAGCACCUUUUGUGUAUGACAAUACAAUCUGAGCGUGGGACGGCUGGGGAGGGUGGGCAGUUGGGAAGGAUGAGUGCAAGCAGCCUCUCUUGGGACCAGGCUGUUCUCCAGCCUCCGGUGUGUGAUGCUUGGAAGGAGAUUACGGAGGGAGCAGCCUACCAGCUGGCUAGUUGCAUCGUCUUCCUGGGUUACAUGGGGGGAAGUGGCGUCUUUGGGUCCCUCUAUAUCUUUGGCCUCCUGGCCCCAGGCUACUUUUGCUAUGCUCUGUGGGGCUGGCUGAGCGCCUGUGGGCUGGAUAUCUUUGUCUGGAACACGCUGCUCGCCCUCGCCUGCUUGCUUCAGUUAGCUCACCUGGCUUACCGGCUCCGUAGAAACACCAUCCCAGAAGAGUUGGACCUCCUCUACAAGACCAUGUACCUGCCCUUGCAGGUGCCCCUGGAAGUCUACAAAGAAAUUGUGAAGUGCUGUGAAGAGCAAGUCCAGUUACUAGUCAGAGACCAGAAUUAUGCGGUGGAGGGCAAGACACCCAUUGACCGCCUCUCAUUGCUGCUGUCCGGCAGGAUACGAGUGAGCCAGGAUGGACAAUUCCUUCACUACGUCUUUCCAUACCAGUUCCUGGACUCUCCAGAAUGGGAGUCACUGCGACCUUCUGAGGAAGGAACUUUCCAGGUAACGCUGACAGCCGAGACUGACUGCAGCUUCAUCACCUGGCCGAGGAAGAAGCUGUAUUUCUUGCUGAAGAAGGAUCGCUACAUUGCCCGGCUCUUCUCAUCCCACCUGGGCUACGACAUCUCGGAGAAGCUCUACUCCCUCAAUGAGAAGCUCUUCGCCAAGUUUGGCCUUCGCUUUGACAUCCGCUUGCCCAGCCUCUACCAUGUCCUUAGGCCAGCCUCCUCUGAGGAGGAGCCGGAGGACUGCGAGGAGCAACUGCCUGACUCUUGCCAGGCUGAUGCCUGUGAGCCCCCUCCACAGCCACCACCACCACCACCAGCUCCACGCCCCCGGGCAUCUCGGCCUGACAGUGACCUGCUGGGUGAGGACUCCACCAGUCUUGUCUUGGAAGAUUUUGCUGAGUUGCCGGGGUCUUUUAUGGACUAUGUGAGCGAAGGGGAGUAUAUGAAGUGAGGGCACUCCUAGCAUGAGCACGCCUCACCCUGUGUGGGACCCCCGCCCUCUGGAAACCUGCUCCGGAGUUCCCCCCACCUUCUCUGCAAAGAACGAGCUCCUCUGGCUCCCACUCAGACUCCUGAACUUUAGGGAGCAGCAGGCUGGUUUGGUACUGAAGCUCCACUGAGGGAGCAUAAGCUCACAUAAGUUUCUGACCAGAGCGACACUCUUUAGCAAGCAAGCACUGAGACGUCUGCCUGCAGACGUUGUAUACUCGGGAGCACAUGAGACACACGUGUGAGACUGCAGUGUGACACUCCAGCACCUCCCACCCCACAACUGUUCCCCAGAGCUGCCUGCCCCAGUGCACUUCUCCAGUUAGUUUUCUAGUCCUGCCUCUCUGAGGUGUGUUGGCAGCUCUGACACCAAGAUACACCGAUAUCGCUGCAAGUAAUCCCAGCCUGCUCACAGAAACUGUGUUCCCUUUGAUUUAAUGAUUCCUAUUAAAGUUAGAGAUGAAACUACUGGUGUUUGAGGAUUUAAAGAGGAAGGUAACGCCAUAUGAAAGGCUUGAGGUGAUCUCAAGGCAUGGAGGGGAACUGAUGGGGGAAAAUGGGCUGCCUGACAACUUUGGUAGUGGGUCUGCAAUGGAGGGCAUGAUAUGGAGAUUUGAUAUCAUGCAUCUCACUCUGCAUCCACUCUGGUAAGAUGAGAAAUUAUUUUUCCAGGGGUUAGGAUUUCUCAUUUAUGAUAAGCAUCACUUCUUGAAAAAGUUACCGACUUCUGGUGAAAGGUCAUUUGUUUGAAUUGAUUCAUUUCGAAUAAGGAAGGAGAGGAAUUGGGACUGGGGGCAGGUGUAGGCAAGGAGAGCCUGAAUCCUCUUUUUUUGUGUUCAGUGGAGGAUGACCUCGGGGGGCACAUACUGAGUGAAGAAAAGAGUGAGUAUGAAACAUUUCUGGGAAGAGUGGCCAAUGGUAGAGAGAAGUGCAAUGAAGUGCAAUACCUUGGAUGAAAAGAGCGAGGAGAUGGAAGGCCUCUUCCAAGUCUAGCUGCAAUAGACUUUGGUUGAUGAGCUUUCCCAGCCAUUUCCUCUGUCAGGGAUCUGGAGGUAACAAUACUGGUAGAGGAAUCCUUUGUCCCACAGAGCUUGCUGCAACCAAGCUGGAUGGUGAGAGUAGAAGCCUCAGAACACACAGAGGCAUGGCCAUCUGGCAUGUGGGAUGGCUCUGUAUCAGCCCCAGGCUGGUGAAGACAGCCCUACCUGCCUUGUGCUGCUCACACAGGGCUGUGGCCCAGAGACGAGUUUGGUGUGUCUUGCAAGUCUCAUCUGAGUGAGACCUGCGCCCUUGGGAUCUGGCGCUCUUGCUGAGGUCUGGAAAGGCCUUUGAAGCGGUGCUUACAUGGGAUCCACGGGGUACACUGCUCCUCACAUGUCUUGCCUUUGCUGUCACCCCAGGGAAGAAGAAUGGGGCUGCUCCAGGCCUGGAGAUUAUCCUUCUAAUGGUUGUCACCAUGCUCUGUUGCUGCAUCCUAGCUUCAGCCCGAUCUCAUUGCCUUUCACAGCUAGGAAAUAUCUCCAGCAAAUUCAUAUAAGAGCUGCUGAACUAAUAUAAGAGCUGCUGGAGUCAGUUUUGCAAAGGAGCUGAAAUGCACAAUGAAAAUGUGUCUGUUGUGGUGCUUUAUAUACCUCCCUGAAGUAGUGGACCAGGUUAGGCUGAAUUACACACUGCCCUUCACAGGUGUCUGCUGAGGUUAUAGCCCAGCCUUUAACAAGAAGCUCCUUGGAAACUCUUCAGUCAUGGCACCAACUAACCUUGAUCUCUACCAGAAGAUGUCAGAGCCGAGCUCUAACCCUCUCCCAAGUGUAUGCUUGAGAUGGUGUUUGUUAGCUUGCCUUCCAGCCAGCCGCAUGGCAGGGCCCAAAGGCUUGGACAUGAGCUGAAAGCAGAAGCUAACUCUGCAGUAACACUGCUGAGUGGAGCAGUGGUGACAGCUUUUGCCAAAAGACAGAGGCUUCCUCACAGCAGAAAUGCAUUUGACAUGUCCACCUCUCCAAACCAUAGUGUUUCUGGUGCUCUUCUGUACCAUCUAGUAAAGCCAGUCCAGGGAACCAGAGAAAAUGGUUUGUGGUUUGUUUGCCAAAAUGAUGUAAGACUUGUCUCCUCUCUAAUUUGCAUAUGCCUCAAGGUGGUGGGAAAGACAUGGGCAUGAGAUUUGUUUCUAUUUAUGUCUCCCCCAUAUUGUAAUCUUCAACCAGAUCUUUCCAGAUCUCAGCAACUUUUCCAAGCCUGAAGGGAUGUCCUGAGUUCCUGGGGAUAAUUUUUGCUAGGUAGCUCUGUAGCUACGAUGCUCCAUUCUCCUCCUGUUACCUUCUGUUCUAGGCAGUUGUUCGAAGCAGUGCAAAAUUGGAUGCAAGAGCACUGCUGUGCUCCUGGUGUCUGUUUCACUCCAUAUGAAUUUCGAAGAGAACAAGACAACAGCCAGAAAAGCUGCUCCAGUCCUGUCACAUGAAGGACAUUCAUUCUGAUUAUGAGCAGGAGCACUAACAUGAAAUCUAUAGGGUCUCACUCUGAAAACGUUUUAUAGAUAGGACUACAAUGAGUUUUUCAUGAGUCAGCUAAGAAUGACUCCUUCCUGUGCCAAAUCUUAAACACACAAUUUCUUCUUGAUGAGGAAAAAUAAGAGUUCUCACUUUUAAUAUGAAGUUCUGAGGACACUUUAAUAUAAACCACAAACUAAUCAUCCCAAUACUUCCAUUGUAGGAAGAGUGAUAUUUUCUUCUUUUCUCAUACAUGCCUGAACCUUGAGAUUACACUACUUGCCCAUCUCAUUUUCAGAUCUGGGUACAGAAUCUUUAAGAUGAAAGUUGCAAUCCAGUCUUUUAACUCGGCGCUCUUCCUGUAACCAGUCAACCUUGUACUCUACAACCUACCGCACACUUCUUUCCUUGACAACCUGUCCCUAAUGCAGGAAAUAAAUAACUCAUCCAGUGUUAUGGUGAAAGUAUCAUGUGUGACCAGGGAGUGGCAAUAGGAUUAGGGCUCCUUUCUGGCUUUGGCUGAGCCAUGCAUGUUCCAAAUGUGGUGCUAGGCACAAGCAGCAGGCAGCACAUAGGAGAUGUCUGUGUUGCUGGGGAGG